GUUAAACACGUGUUUUCUUAUAUGUAAAUUCAGAUAUGCUUUCCGUGGUAAUUUAAUCUUUAGAUAUUUUAUAAAAUCGAUAUUCUAAUAGAGUAAUAUUAUAAUAUAGCUAAAGUUUGUUGUCGCAACCAUUGUCAUACUUAUAUCGGAGGAGGAAUAUGCUUUAUAUGUUCUACUGAUUUAAAUAUUAAAUUCAUAUACCUGUAUAAUUAUGUUUGUAGGAAAAUAAGAAACCCGUUCUCAUUUUACAUAUAUGAGUUAAAUAAUUGUGUUCAAAUAAAAAUUAAUUCUACAAAGUGCAAAAACACGAGGAAAGUUUAAAGUGUUUAGUAGAUAUGAAUACCUAAAGAUAUUAACUGAACAAAUUGACAAUGGAUUUAGGCCUUUCAAGGAACAAACAACGGGGAUAAACACACAUAGUUUAGGUUCGAUGCAACAACUGGUUCAUUUGAUAAGAUGUCAAUUUAGAGAGUUUUAAAUAUGGCACAAGUACCUCAAAAUCGAGUUUACCUCUUCCGACUCCAAACAUUAAUUAUAGAUGGAGGAACUGCAGUCGUAAGGAAUAUAUUUGAUCAGAAGAGAACAAAUGUCCCGCUAAAUAUUCUUCUGAAUAAUGAAAAGGGAACAAUUAAUCGUCUGAGGGCAAGUAAAGCAAUAACUCAGACACAAUUUGAUUUGCUGUAUCCACAGAGUGGCCAGCUCCCAACUAUAGCUGACUUUGAUCUCACGCUUGUCAUAUGUUUGCUACGGAACCUGAAAUGUUGCGGUUUAAAUAAACAUUUUGCAUGGAAUGUGAUACCACAGCCAGGAGACACUUCGCUUGAAGCAGAGCUAUGUCGAUUGAGAAUGUUCAGAAAUGAAAUAUCACACAUAUCCUCGACAACUGGGAUACAUCUGGCAAUAUUUAAGCAGAAAUGGAUGGAGAUCGAACAGGUACUCAAUCGGCUGAAUCUCCUAAAUCCUGUUCAAAACCUGCAACAAUUUAUCCAUGGAUACAAGUACAGUCCUCUUGAUCCAAAGGCUGAGAAAAAGUUACAAACAGAAAUACAAAACUGGCGAAACAUGGAGAAAGGCUUAGAAACUGAAAUACAUCUUGUAAAGAAAGACGUAUUAGAUGUAACAAAGGAGGUUGGAAACGUUAAAAAAGAAGUUGACAGCGUGAAGGAAGAUGUUAAUAUAGUGAAGAAAGAUGUAGCAAAAGAGGUUGGCAAAGUAAAAGAAGAUGUUGUCGAAGUGAAAAAAGAUGUAGCAAAAGAGGUUGGCAAAGUAAAAGAAGAUGUUGUCGAAGUGAAAAAAGAUGUAGCAAAAGAGGUUGGUAAAGUAAAAGAAGAUGUUGUCGAAGUGAAGAAAGAUGUAGCAAAAGAGGUUGGCAAAGUAAAAGAAGAUGUUGCCGAAGUGAAGAAAGAUGUAACAAAAGAGGUUGGCAAAGUAAAAAAAGAUGUUGCCGAAGUAAAGAAAGAUGUUGACGUAGUGAAGAAAGACGUAGCAAAAGAGGUUGGAAAAGUACAAGAAGAUGUUGACGCAGUGAAGGAAAAUGUUACGCACCAUAUGAAGGCUGUAAAAGAAAGGAUCGCUCAACUAGAAUUUGAAAAGAAAUUGCAAGAAGAUACGGGUACAAAACAGGCAGGGGAUGAUUCGUAUGUUCGACGUAAAGAACGUAAGUUACAAUAUUGA